AUGGAGUUUGUUAGCAACACCCCGACAAUUCUGGGUUCUUUAAUCGGAAUACUAUGCCUGCAUGCUUUAUACAGGCGUGUUGCUAGUCCACUCUCGCGGAUACCGGGUCCUGAGAUAUCGAAAUGGACGGACCUUGUCUAUAUCUACUACUGGCUCAAUGGCCAGAUACCAUUCUACGUUCAUCAGUUACAUGGGCAAUAUGGUCCAAUAGUUCGCACCGGUCCGAGUCGUAUUGAUAUCUGUGACAUCAGCGCAGUCAAAGAAAUCCACAAAACGAACAGUCGUUUUCUGAAAUCUGACUGGUAUCGGAAGCUCGUUGCUAACGGCUUCGAGACAAUGUUUACCACCACAGACCCGAAUUUCCAUUCUUCGCGUCGGCGUUUGCUAGCAUCGCCUAUUUCUGAUUCAUCAUUGAGCCGUAUGGAACCUAUCAUCUCGUCAAGGGUACACAUGGCAGUGGACAGGAUAGCGGAGGAAAUGGGGAAGCAUGGUGUAGCUGAUGUUUUCAAGUGGUGGUUGUUUAUGGCGACUGAUGUCAUUGGCGAGCUUAGUUUUGGAGAAUCGUUUCGGAUGCUCGAAGCUGGAGAGAAAACCCAAUAUAGCAUGGACCUCGAACAAAUCUCCAGUCUCCAGCCAAUCCGAACUACCUUCCCCUUCCUUGUCAAACUAGGCAAAUACCUGCCACUACCAGUCUUCAAGCAGACCGCAGAAGCAGGGAAGAGAAUGGGAGAAUACUCUUUCAAAUCCAUCGAGCGAUACAAACGAAUGAUUGCCGAGAAUCCCACUGACCCGAAGCCAACCCUCUUCACCAAAAUGUUCGACUCGGAGAAAAGCAGCCUUACCCACGACCAGAUACGACAAGAGGCACAAGGAUACAUCGUUGCAGGGAGCGACACUACCGCCGUCACGUUGACAUACCUCAUCUGGGCUGUCUCUCGCGACGCCCGCGUUCGAGACAAGCUAGUAGAAGAAUUGGCGACCGUGCCAGAGCCCGUGGUUGAUCGUAAUCUGCGUGAUCUUCCUUACUUGAAUCAGGUCAUCAACGAAACACUGCGAUUGUACACGGCAGUUCCAUUCGGGUUGCCCCGGUCUACUCCAUCCGAAGGAGCCACAAUCAAUGGAUACUUUGUUCCUGGUGGGACUACGGUUUCUACCCAAUCUUACAGUAUGCAUCGGGAUCCCACGAUUUUCCGAGAUCCGAAUGACUUUAAACCUGAAAGAUGGGAGGAUGUGACGAAAGAUAUGAAGGAUGCUUUAUUGCCGUUUGGAGGAGGCUCAAGGAUUUGUAUUGGAUUGCAUCUCGCUCGCAUUGAGUUACGCCUCGCUACAGCGCUUUUCUUCAGGAGAUUCCCUCAUGCGCGUCCUUCAACUAAAGAAGGGAUGACAGAGGAAGAUAUGGUGAUGGAGGCCUUCUUUUUGAUGGCUCCACAGGGUCAUCGGUGUCUGAUUGAGGGUUGA